CUAGCGUCGCCAGCAAUGGGUGAACCUUCCAACGAACAGCCAAAGAUGGAAACUGGAUCAUUUCCGACCAGUUCACAUGAUGGGCUCAGUCAUCUCAUCACUGGCCAUAAAUUAAAUGGUCAAAACUAUACCCAAUGGGUAAGAUCAGUCAAGAUCUUCCUUCAAGGAAAAGGGAGAGAAGACUACAUCACAGGAGACACAAAAUGUCCCCAAGAAGGAGAUGCCACCCUUCAAAAAUGGAAACUUGAGAAUAGCCAAGUAAUGUCAUGGCUGCUCAACACCAUGACCAACGAAAUUGGUGAAAAUUUCAUGUUCUAUGAUUCGGCAAAGGAGAUAUGGGAUGCUGUGAAGGAAACAUAUUCAAAUGUGGACAAUACCUCUGCCAUAUUUGAGAUAAGAAGCAUUCUACACAACCUUCGACAAGGAGAAUCUUCUGUUACUGAGUAUUUUAAUACACUUAGUAGACAUUGGCAACAACUAGAUGUAUAUGAAGAAGUCACAUGGGACUGUCCAGGGGAUAAGAAAAAAUUCAAAGAGCUGGUGGAGAAGGACAGAAUCUACAUGUUCCUAUUGGGACUAAACAAGGACCUUGAUGAAGUCCGUGGAAGGAUCCUUGGAACCAAACCUCUUCCCAAAAUUCGGGAAGCCUUUUCAGAAGUAAGGAGAGAAGAGAGCAGGAGGAAACUCAUGUUGGGAAAUGCCACCUCAACACCUCCCACCGAGAGCUCAGCAAUGGCUGCAAGAGGAAACCAAAUUCGGCCAUUUCAAAAGAAAAAUCGUCCCUGGUGUGAUCACUGCAAGAAACCAGGCCAUACACAAGAAAUAUGUUGGGUUAUACAUGGAAAACCCCCAGAAGCCAAGCAAUUCAAAAGCAGGGACAGCAGAGGCAACGCAAUUUUUAACUACCAAGAAGCUGAGGUAAAAUCUACUUCAUUUCCAUUUAACAAGGAACAAAUGGAGGCUUUACAAAAAAUCUUCAAACAAACCAUGCUCUCUACAGAAAAAGGUGGUACGGCUGUAGUGGCUCAGAGAGGGAAUGUCUCACAUGCUCUAAAUACUAGCAUGGGAAAAACAAAGUCAUGGAUUGUUGACUCAGGGGCUUCAGAUCACAUGACACCUCAAACAUGGUAUGCAAACUCCAUAAAUCCCUCUAUGGCUUGAAACAAUCUCCAAGAGCAUGGUUUGAUAGACUAACAAGAGUUGUCAGGGAAGAUGGCUUUGCCCAAUGCCAAACAGACCACACUAUGUUUGUUAAGCACUCUCCGGAGGGAAGAAUAGCCUUAUUUAUUGUCUAUGUUGAUGAUAUUGUUAUUACAGGAGAUGAUCAUGAUCAAAUCAGCCACCUCAAGAGUAUCUUAACCGAAGAAUUUGAAGUCAAAGAUUUGGGCCAACUCAAGUACUUUCUAGGAAUGGAAAUUGCUCGGACAAGGGAUG